GCAUACGCACUCGCCGCUCUUGGCGCAGCCUACCUCGCAGACCGCGAGCUCUAUGCGUCCACCGUCGCACGCAACCUCCGCACGUUCUGGACCUGUGCGGUGAUCGCGGCUGACUAUAAGCUCAACUUCACCCCAGACGCAGCGGACGGGAUCACCGCCCUCCACGAGCGCGUCGGCGAGCGCGUCUUCAACCUCCUCACCUCCAACGGCGGCCUCUACAUCAAGUUCGGCCAAGCAAUCGGCGCCAACGCCGCCCUCCUCCCUCGUCCCAUCCAGCGCAAAUUCGCACGCCUCUUCGACGACGCGCCCCAGAUCCCCUACGCCGACGUCGACCGCGUCUUCCGCGCAGAGUUCGGCCGCCCCCCGAGCGGCCCCGACGGCGUCUUUGCCGAGUUCGAAGAGCACGCCGUCGCUAGCGCGAGCGUCGCCCAGGUGCAUCGCGCAAGACUCAAGCCCGCCGAUGGGGGUGAGUGGGUCGCCGUCAAGGUGCAGAAGCCCGCGGUCGGGAAGCAGAUGGAGCCCGACCUCGCCGCAUUCCGCGCCGUCAUGUGGAUGUACGAGCACUGGCUCUUCGACCUCCCUGUCUACUUCAUGGUCGACUUCAUCAGCGAACACCUCCGCCAGGAGCUCGACUUCGAGAACGAAGCCCGCAACGCGGACCGCACCGCCGCCUUCGUCGCCGCCGACCCGGCGCUCCGCGAGCGUGUGCACAUCCCAAAGGUGCACCACGCGUACACGACGAAGCGCGUCAUGACCGCCGAGUGGAUAGACGGCGUGCGCAUGAGCGACCGCGAGGGCAUCCUGCGGCUCAUGGGCGAGGGCGCGCGCGGGCUCCCCCCGAGCACGAUCGCGCCCCCGCCACUCUCCCCGGACGCCAACUCGGCCCUGCGCGCGCGCUACGCGCCCCCGCUCAAAGGCGGCGUCCGCGCGCUGAUGCACACCAUGGUCGACCUCUUCAGCGCGCAGAUCUUCCGCUGGGGCUGGGUCCACUGCGACCCGCACCCGGGCAACGUCCUCGUGCGCGCGCACCCGUCGCCCGCGCACCCGCACACGCCGCAGCUCGUCCUGCUCGACCAUGGGCUCUACGUGUGCCUGCCGGACGCCUUCCGCGCGGAGUACGCGCGCCUGUGGAAGGGCCUGCUGGCGAUGGACAUGCGCGCGGUCGAGGAGGUCACGCGCGGGUGGGGCAUCGGCGCGCCGGACCUGUUCGCGAGCGCGACGCUGCUGAAGCCGGUGAGCUUCGCGAAGGAGGAAAGGACCGAGGAGGAGCCGGGCCAGUACGAGGCGGGGGUGCGGAUGAAGGAGAAGCUGAAGGGCUUCCUCCUCGACACGGACAAGAUGCCGAAGGAGCUCAUCUUCAUCGGCCGCAACAUGCGCAUCGUACAGGGCAACAACCAGAUGCUCGGCUCCCCUGUCAACCGCAUCAAACUCACCGGCCUCGCCGCCUCCCGCGCCCUCGCAGAUGCGCCCCUCCUCCCCCUCGCCCUCCACCCUCACCCCCUCCCGUCCUCUCCCCCAUCGUCCUCGUCCCUCGCGCGCUCGCUCCUCCGCUCCCCUGCCCACGCCUUCACCGCCCUCGCCGCCCGCGCGCGCGCUUACUGGCACCACGCGCUCUUCCUCGCGGCGGUGUACGCGCUCGACGCGGCGUUCUACGCGGCGCGUGCGCGCCAGUGGCUGCGCGCGCGCGCGACGGGCGCCGGGGAGGGCGCCGGGUUCGAGGACGCGCUCGAGCGCUCGAUGCGCACGCUUGCGCGGCGGCGGUUUGGCAUCGAGAUGGACGCCGCGGCGUUCGAGGGGUAG